AUGGCUGCCAACCACCCUAAACACCCCACGUUCUGCACUGCUCGUAGGGCACACUUCUUCUCAGGCUCUAGCUCAGUAGGACAGACUGUCCACAAUAUCAUCACGGCUAAGAUAAGUCGUAAACGGUGUGUGAAGGCCACCAUAGGUUAUGGCACAAAGCUUUCUGCUUGGACCAACGUCCGGCGAGAACAUUGGGAAGGUGAUUUGGCUGUGGAAGGACACCUCCCUGCUUGGCUGAGCGGCACGUACCUAAGGAACGGGCCUGGUCUUUGGGACGUCGGCGAGCACUCGUUCCACCACAUAUUCGACGGGUACGCCACACUCCUAUGCCCACGCAAGCCUGGAAGCCUGCUCGACCGCCUGCGCAAUGUCAUCGGGCUCAGCAGCGGCGCAAUGCUGUCUGACAACGCCAACAUCUCUGUGUUCCCCCUCGGCGACGGACGGGUGAUCUGCCUCACCGAGACCACCAAGAGCUCCGUUCUGAUAGACCCGGAGACCCUCGACACGAUCGGCAAGUUUCCUUACGCCGAUAGGUUAUGGUGCCCGUUACAGUCCACUCACCCCGUUGUGACACGGAACGAGUUUCUGACGCUGCUCCCGGACCUCUUCCGGCGUGGCCACCGUAUCGUCAGGAUGGCAGCUGGGAGCAACGAGAGGAAAGUUCUAGCGAGGGUGCAUUGCCGUGGAGGGAUGGCACCAGGGUGGGUGCACUCAUUUGCCGUCACGGAGAACUACAUCGUCGUGCCCGAGAUGCCGCUCCGGUACUCGAUCACUGCCGUGCUCACUGCCGAGAUGCCGCUCCGAGGACGACGACUUACUUCCUUUCUGGGGAACAAUGAGGAAAUCACCGUCUGCGUUGCAAGGCUCAUCCGUCCAUAG